AUGGCAGCCAGCAGUGUAGCGCUGCUGUUAAUCCAGCGCUUUCGGAGUGGAGCGUCAGUGCUGCCGUGUACAGACGGAGAACACGCACCAACCGCAUGCCGCAGCUGGGCGCGUGAGCUUAUUGUGAGCAUCGGCCCGUACGUGUGUCUCGUCCUGUCUGUAGCAAAGAAAGAUCAGGAUGGAGGAGAGGAUAAAGCAGGUCCGAAGAAGAAAGUGAAGGAGCUGAAAGUUCUCGAUUCCAAAUCGUCCCAGAACCUCUCUAUUUUCCUGGGCUCGAACAGAUUGCCUUAUGAGGAGAUGAAAAAUGCAAUUUUGGAGGUGAACGAGAAGGUGCUUACAGAGAACACGGUGCAGAGUCUGCUGAAGCUGUUGCCUGAGGAGGAGCAGCUAAAUGUGUUAUUAGAGUUGAAGGAUGAAUACGACGACCUCGCCGAGUCUGAACAGUUUGGAGUGGUGAUAAGUUCGGUGAAACGUCUGAAGCCGCGGCUCAACGCCAUCUUGUUCCGGCUGCAGUUUGAAGAGCAGAUAAAUAACGUGAAGCCGGACAUCGUGGCCGUGACUGCAGCGUGCGAGGAGCUGAUCAAGAGCGAUAACUUUUCCCAGCUCCUUCAGAUCAUCCUGCUCAUUGGCAACUACAUGAACGCCGGCUCACGUAACGCCAGAGCCUUUGGCUUCGGCAUCAGCUACCUGUGCAAGCUCAGAGACACCAAGUCCGCAGAUCAGAAGCAGACUCUCUUGCAUUUCCUGGCAGACGUGUGUCAGGAGCAACAUCCCAACGUCAUGCACUUCCCUGAGGAGCUUAUUCACCUGGAGAAAGCCAGCAGAGUUUCGGCAGAGACGCUGCAGAAGAAUCUGGAUCAGAUGGGGAAGCAGAUCAAGGAUCUGGAGAAGGACAUUGAGACUUUCCCUCCUCCCCAAAAUGACAAGGACAAGUUUGUUGAGAAGAUGACUAGUUUUGUGGCGACUGCCCGAGAGCAGUUUGAGAAGCUCAAGCUGAUGCACAGCAACAUGGAGAAGCAGUAUGAAGACCUGGGCAAAUAUUUUGUGUUUGACCCCAAGAAGAUGGGCCCCGAGGAGCUAUUCGGGGACCUCAACAACUUUAGGAACAUGUUCCAGCAAGCCGUGAUCGAGAAUCAGAAACGCAAGGAAGCAGAAGAAAAGAUGCGCAAGGCCAAACUCGCGAAAGAGAAAGCCGAGAAAGAGAAAGAGGAGAGGCAGAAGAGAAUGAACGCCGGGCACUCACUCAACAUCAAUGACGAUGGCGACGAGACGGGUAUCAUGGACGGCCUGUUGGAAGCGCUUCAGUCAGGAGCUGCUUUCAAAAGGAAGAGAGGACCACGGCAAGCAGGAAAUCGGAGAGGAGCUGGUCAAGCAGUGACGAACAUUCUCGCCAAAGAACUGCUGCAGGAAGACCCCAAGCCUCAAGCCGCAACCAAAAAGACCCGACUGGACAAUGAAAGCAAAAAGGCGGAGUCAGCGGAAGACACAGGUUCACUGGAGGAUCUUUUGGACGAUGCCCCACCACGGUCUAAUUAGGAACUUCCUAUAUUGACCCUCCCUUUCAUGCUGAAGGAGUCAAGGGGUUGGACAUUGUUUUGGCGCCAAAUGUGAUGGCAGGGCUUUCUUUGACCCACACCCCCAAGUAAGCCUUCAUGGCUUACCAUUGGCCAAUUUUACCGUAGAUGAGGGGUUCUGUCGGCCCUGCCCAUAAUUGGAGUUUAGGGAGUGCUGCCACAACACCUUUACUCAUCCACUGCCCUGUUUUCAUCACUUAUUUCGUAUCUUAUUAUUCAACACUUCUUUGAAGGUAAAAUCGGAUCAACCCAAAGAAAGAGUUCUUAAACUCUGACACCUAUCAGGGGAUACAUUCCAGGAUAUUUCUGCACUUAUAUGUUUAGUUUCUUUGUACUUAAAUUGUUUAUCAGUACUUCGUAUCUACACACAGAAAUUGUUUGUUGUUGUUUUCUGGAGCCAAGUGUAGCUACUAUGCAAAACAUACUGUAUAUGGGGUGAUAAAGUGAAUUUCCAUUACAUUAGCACAAGCAAAGCAAAAAAGUGCCAACUGAUAGCAAAUGUACCUACCAGCAAACUGGUCAAUAAGAGUGUGCCUUAAGUGGAAUGGAAACCAAACACAGGCAGGUAUGUUCGCUGACCAUUUACUUGAUAGAGAAUGUGUGCGUGAGUGUGAGUGUGUGCGAGCGAGAGCGUGCGUGCGAGAGGGUGAGUGUGUGUGCAAGCGCGAGGGGGUGUGCACGCGAGAGGUUGAGUGUGUGUGCAAGCGCGAGGGGCUGUGUGCGCAAGAGGGUGCGAGCGUGAGAGGCUGAGUGUGUGUGCAAGCGCGAGGGGGUGAGUGUGUGCAAGCGCGAGGGGCUGUGUGCGCAAGAGGGUGAGAGGGUGAGUGUGUGUGCAAGCGCGAGGGGGUGAGUGUGUGCAAGCGCGAGGGGCUGUGUGCGCAAGAGGGUGAGAGGGUGAGUGUGUGUGCAAGCGCGAGGGGGUGAGUGUGUGCAAGCGCGAGGGGCUGUGUGCGCAAGAGGGUGAGUGUGUGUGCGAGCGCAAGAGGGUGAGUGUGUGUGCGAGCGCGAGAGAGGGUGAGUGUGUGUGCAAGCGCGAGGGGGUGAGUGUGUGCAAGCGCAAGAGAGGGUGAGUGUGUGUGCGAGCGCGAGGGGGUGAGUGUGUGCAAGCGCGAGAGAGGGUGAGUGUGUGUGCGAGCGCGAGGGGCUGUGUGCGCAAGAGGGUGAGUGCGUGCGAGCGCGAGGGGGUGAGUGUGUGUGCGAGCGCGAGGAUGUGAGUGUGUGUGUGUGUGUGCGAGCGCGAGGGGGUGUGUGUGUGCAAGCGCGAGAGAGGGUGAGUGUGUGUGAGAGUUAUAUUGAAGGUCUGGUACUUCAUUGUGAGACUAUUUUCCCUGUAACAGUUCUGCUGUUUUUGUCUAUUUUUGUCCUUUAGAAAGCUCUAGCUGCACAUCUCCUAGCUAAAUCCAGAGUAGUCUCUCAUUAUAUCACCACAGUGAUAGUGUGUGUGUGUGUGUGUGUGUGUGUGCACGUGUGCAUGUGUGUGUGGGAGCGUUUACACACUGCUCUGUAUAAUUACUGCACUGGAUAAACUGUCAUAAACAUCUCAUAAACAGUUCUAUUGUGUGUAUAUCUGAGAGAUAUGGAUGUGCUGAAUAUGUUCUGAAUUUCCCGCACACUUAAUCGCCGCCCAGAAGGCGCUGCAGUCCUCGCCCGUUAUCCUGUCCAUGUUUGAUUUAAGACAGAUUUUGAGUUUGCUUGUGCCAGACGAACAAACAGUUCGUUCUCUUUAGCUGUCGGGGGGAAAAACACGCAUCAGUUUAAUACUGCAGUUAUUACUCUCUCUGAUCUCAGAUACAUAGCUGAGGUCCAGUAUUUCUGCUGGAAAUGAUCUCCCAUUCAGCAGAAUAUUACUCUCAGCUUAGAAACAUAUAAUCAACAAUUAAACCGUUUGCUGGAACAGUAUACACAUUAUACAUGUUAGAUGUCUGUAAGGGUUUUUAAACAGCAUCUUUGUCCUGAAUGUACCGUAACAUUUAUCAUCAUAGGUCUUAAAACACUGGACACACGCUUAUUGACUGCAAGGCAUUCUGGAUGUUCUGCUGCAGUUAUGUGAACGUGCAGCUGCUUUCGAUGCGUCUCUGUUUUAUCCUGAGAAGGAGUCUUCCAUAGAACCCUCGGUACUGUAUGGACCAUUUUGUAGCAUGUUUGUAAGGAUGAUUUCGCAAUUAUAAAGCCUCUACGCGUCGGCCGAGCCUUUAGUUUGAGCGUAGAGCGCUUUUCAAAUCAGCUGAGGAAGAUUUAGCCAUAGAACUGACUCUCUCUGUCUCUCUCUCUCUCUCUCUCUCUCUCUCUCUCUCUGUCUCUCUCUCUCUCUCUGUCUCUCUCUCAAGCUCUCCUUUUGUUUUCACUCAUCUGGCAUUAAUACCUGGGAAUUAUUUGUGUAUUUGAGCUUCAUGUAAAGUCUUGUAGACCAACAAAAGAAAGCGUGUUGAAAAAAAAUAGUUUUAAAUUGAUUUGCACCUCACAGAUUUCAAGAGGUUUUUUUUUAUGCUUUGCAUUUGCUAAUUUAGUGAAGCUCCACAUAUCUAUCAAAAUAACAGAGAAAGGGUUCACUAUUAUAUUAAUGUCAAAAUAAAUCCAUUCCACAAAGUGAAAGUUUCAUUUCCAUGGGCAGAGUUUUUCAGAGCCCUCUGGAAGCCAGACGUUGGUUCAAACUGUAGGUCACUGGUGGAUGGAUUAGAGCCUCGCGUGGCAUUUACUGAACAUUCCUGUUCCAGUAUGAUAACUGUUUGAUUAUGUAAAUGCUGGAGAGUAUCAUUACAUCACUGGGUUGUGAAAAAUACAAUGCGUAGUCUUUUUCUUUUUUUUUCCAUUUUAUGGACGGAGUUUUCUAUCUAAAUUUUUAUUGAUUGUUUUAUUUUUAAGAGGAAUGAUGCAACUAGAAAUACACUUGGUCAUGUGUGUGUAUAUUGAAUUAUCUUUAGAUAAAUGAAUGCUUCCAAUUCUGUUCAGUCCUUGCCAUUAAAAAAAAACCCUUUAGUAGGAUCUCA